CUCUCGUUCGCCAUCUUGUCCCUGUACAUACCCGCCUCCGAGAUCCCGUCUGAUGCUCUCAAGGAGAUCAUCCAAAAGUCUUAUUCCACCUUCCGCGAUUCAUCGGUGACCCCUCUUCAUAAGAUCAACGAUCAAGUGCACAUACUGGAGCUAUUCCAUGGACCGACCUUUGCAUUCAAGGAUGUAGCUCUCCAAUUCCUUGGAAACUUAUUCGAAUUCUUCUUACUCCGCCGCAAUGCUGCCGCUAAAAAAGACAGCAAUUUGCAAGAGGAGCGAAUUACUGUAUUAGGGGCUACAUCCGGCGAUACGGGGUCCGCAGCUAUCUACGGUUUGCGAAGCAAAGCCAAUCUGUCCAUCGUUAUUCUUCACCCCUAUGGACGUGUAUCGCCAAUCCAAGAAGCUCAGAUGACCACUGUCACUGACGCCAAUGUUCACAACCUUGCGGUUCAUGGUACAUUCGACGAUUGUCAAGACAUCGUCAAAACCUGUUUUGGAGAUAAGGAGUUUAAUUCCAAAUGGAAGCUGGGGGCCAUCAAUAGUAUCAACUGGGCUAGGAUACUAGCGCAGAUGGAAACUUUGGCGAUGUACUGGCGGGCUACUUUGCCAAACGUAUGGGACUCCCUAUGCUCCAAUUGGCCAUUGCUACCAAUGCCAAUGAUAUUCUUGCCCGGUUCUGGAAUAGUGGACGAUAUGAAAAAGGCCCUGUGCUGGAGACAUGUAGUCCUGCAAUGGACAUUGUCAUAUCCAGCAACUUUGAGCGACUCUUAUG